AUGGACAUCACGGCUACCACCAUGGACACCACGAUUCGUCGCUCCACCACGGCCAUCAUCCACACCACUACGGACAUCACGGACAUCAUCCCCAUGGUCAUCACGAUUCUUCGCUCCACCACGGUCAUCAUCCGCACCACUCAGGACACCACAGCCAUCCUCAUCACCUUGGACAUCACGAUUCGUCGCUCCACCACGGUCAUCAUCCGCACCACUCAGGACACCACAGCCAUCCUCAUCACCUUGGACAUCACGACUCGUCGCUCCACCACGGCCAUCACCCGCACCACUCUGGACACCACAGCCAUCCUCAUCACCAUGGACAUCACGAUUCGUCGCUCCACCAAGGCCAUCAUCCACACCACUACGGACACCAUGGACAUCAUCCCCAUGGUCAUCACUACGGAAGUCAUCCUCACCAUCAUCACCACGGACAUCACGACUCUUCGCUCCACCAUGGCUAUGGUCAUCUUCCGCACCAUUCUGGACAUCAUAGCCAUCCUCACCACUACGGCCACCACGGCCACCACGAUUCCUCGCUGCACCACGCUCAUCACGGUUACCAUCCGCAUCACUAUGGACACCAUCAUCCGCACCAUUACCCAGUACACCAUGGCCACCACACUCAUCCCGGACACCAUGAACACGGCGGACACCAUGGGUAAAUUUUCCGCUUUUUUCCACCACUUCAAUUUGUAGAAAGAUUUUUUUGAUAUUUUCCUCAAAAUUAUUCGGAAAAUCCAUAAUUAUCCUUUUUAUUUCCAGACACAAGAAGCAUCAUGUCGUGAAGCACCACCACGCGAAGAGCAGCUCCUCUAGCUCAUCAUCAAGCUCGAGUUCGUCCUCUUCGGAAAGCGAAGAGGAGCACAAGCACCACAAGAAACACGUCAAGAGCCACAAGAAGGCCGCUUCGUCGAGCUCUUCAUCAAGCUCUUCCAGCUCAUCAUCAUCUUCUUCUUCUGACAGCGAGCCCGAACACCAUCACAAGCACCACAAGAAGCACGUGAAAGGCCACAAGAAAGCUGAGUCCUCAAGCUCCUCUUCAAGCUCCUCCAGCUCGUCUUCUUCGGAAAGCGAGCCGGAGCACCACCACAAGCACCACAAGAAGCACGUCAAGUCUCACAAGAAAGCUGCGCCCUCAAGUUCCUCUUCAAGCUCGUCCAGCUCGUCGUCUUCAUCAGAAAGCGAGCCGGAGCACCACCACAAGCACCACAAGAAGCACGUCAAGUCUCACAAGAAAGCUGUGUCCUCAAGCUCCUCUUCAAGCUCGUCGUCUUCAUCAGAAAGCGAGCUUGAACAUCAUCACAAGCACCAUAAGAAGCACGUCAAGUCUCACAAGAAAGCUGCGUCCUCAAGCUCCUCUUCAAGCUCGUCCAGCUCGUCCUCCUCGGAAAGCGAGCCCGAACAUCAUCACAAGCACCAUAAGAAGCACGUUAAAGGUCACAAGAAGGCCCAGUCGUCCAGCUCCUCCUCCAGCUCGUCCAGCUCGUCGUCGUCUUCAUCGGAAAGCGAGCCGGAGCAUCAUCACAAGCACCACAAGAAACAUCACAAGAAGUCCCACAAGCACUAG